AUGCCCUUAACGAGCGAACCUACAAACUCACCACAAACUUGGAAAAACAAAUUUCUUGAUUUUUACAUAUGGUCUAAGGUUUUAUCAAUAACCCUUAAUAUGAUGUACAUGAUACAAACGUUUGACGAUAUGUAUGAAGCGGGAGCUAACAUUGGUACAGAAUACAUAAAAUUUGUGAAAGUACUCAUGUCUCUUUUUUUGCAGUCGAAAAUAACAGUAGCAGAUUGGUAUUGGCGCCCAGGGGUAUUCUUUUUUACUUUUACUUGCGGAAAUGAAAUUAUCCUCAUUGUAGAUUUAUUGUUCAGCAAUGAAACAUUUUUUCAAAAUUGUCAGCAAAAGCUGACGGGUACACAUACUUCCUUGGUUCUGAUUUCUGAGGUUUGCCUUAUGCAAAGCCGCUUAAAUCAUAUUGUUACUUUAAGUGUAAUAUUCCGAGAUAUUCUCAUAUGCGUAAGAAAUGUAUUUCGAUCCAAAGUUAUGAUGCUAACCCAUUUGAUAAUUAGGGAGUUUAUGUCGCUGUUAGCUACGUUUAUGUUUUACGUUUAG